CAGAGAGUGAUGCGCAAGUGCAAAGAAAAAUGAAGCGAGACGCACUGACUGUAACAUAAAUGAUAAAGUAUGAUUCUGUUUGCAGAGGCGUCUCAGCCCGGUGAACCUGGGUUUGUGGCACCAUGAGCCACCGCUUUGAUUGCAUUAGUGUUGUGGUAAAUCAGUGUAUUCCCAGGGGACCCCCUGCUCCUGCUGUUUUCUGUCUCAUCUUACAGCCUUAAUGGAAAUUCAACACCGGAGGAGGACAGAGGUGGGUGCUGCAGUCCAUUUGUUGCAUCUAGACAGAGAAACAAAGAGUAUGUGAGCAAAAAAGCAGCAGCGAAGCUACAGGAUACCAUCACAGCAGCCUGAUCGGUAAGAACUGUUUUCCAGCAGGGAAAAACACAGGACAGGUAAAGAGCGGCACGCUGAUCCUCGGCGGAUGAGGCUCGAAGUGGAGGAGCAGCAUGUUCUCCAUCUUCUCAUCCAUCCUCCUGCUGCUCUCAGUUCCUCUAGCUGAGCUUUUACCUGAAAAACCCAAGAGAUCGACUUUGAAUCAGCUCACCAGAACCCUCCUCCGCAAGUACGACCGUGGGGUUCGGCCGGUGCUGAACUGGACAGACCCAACGAUCGUCUACAUCGAUUUCAUUGUCCAGUCCGUGCUGGAUGUGGAUGGGCAGACACAGAAAGUCACCACAAGCAUUUGGUAUCGGCAGAUAUGGAAGGAUGAGUUUCUGGUGUGGGAUCCCACGGAUUUCGAUGGGAUCAAUGAAAUCUCCCUGUCCCUAGAUGCCAUCUGGGUGCCCGAUAUCGUCAUCAGCGAAUUUGUGGACGUUGGCCGAUCACCAUCUCUGCCCUACGUUUACGUCAACUCUUCUGGGUCAGUGAAGAACUACAAGCCCGUCCAAGUAGUGUCCGCCUGCGACCUGGAGAUCUACGCCUUCCCGUUCGACCGGCAGAACUGCACUCUGACCUUCCGCAGCUGGCUCCAUACAGUGGGUGAAGUGGACCUGGCCCUCUGGAGGAGCCCCGAGGAGAUCGCCAACGACACGCGGGAGUUCAUGAAUGAUGGCGAGUGGGAGCUGCUGUCUGUGCCCUCCCGGUAUCGCCGGCUCCACAUGGAGGACCAGGACUACGCCCAGAUCCAGUUCAACGUGGUCAUUCGCAGACGGCCCUUGUUGUAUGUGGUUAGUCUGCUGAUCCCAAGCAUUUUCCUCAUGGUGGUGGAUGUGAUCAGCUUCUACCUACCCCCCAACAGUGGCACCCGCAUCACCUUCAAGACCAGCAUCCUGCUGGGCUACACAGUGUUCCGUGUGAACAUGAUGGAUGAGCUUCCUGCUACAGCCAUCAAAACACCCCUCAUAGGCGUGUUCUUUGCCGUCUGCAUGGCGCUCCUGGUCCUCAGCUUGGCGAAAUCCAUCCUGGUGGUGAAGCUCUUGCACCACAACGAGAAGGAGAUGAAGGAGAUGUCAGUGUCCGCCUGCCUGCUGGACAAGUACGGGUCGUCCAUCCAGAGCUUUAACGAAAGCUCCUUCACCUCUGUGAAAACCCUGGACGAGGCUGAUCAAUGUGGGGGCUUUGACUUUGACUUCCACGUGGAGGAGGACCUUGUCUCCCUUUGUGAGCCCCCGAAUGCUGUCCUACAACUGGAGAGGAUCCUGCAGGAGGUGGUCUCCCUCAGGUACUACCUGCACGAGGUGGAGAGCGACAGCAUCACUCAGACUGACUGGCUGGUGCUCUGCUACAAAGUGGACCUGCUCCUGUUUCGCCUCUAUCUCAUCAUCCUGGUGGUCUACUCCAGCUCCCUCCUCUUCCUGUGGAUCACCUGGAGCUCUGCCUGAAACAACCAGCGAUGGACGUAACUACCGAUGAGGUCACCGUGGUCAAAGACACCUGU